UCUGACCAAAAACAUUUGUGUUCAGACCUUAGCGCUCCGGAGAGCGAAACAACAGCGAUUUAUAAAAUAAAUCUAGUCCGAUUUAGUCUUAUCUGACAGCUGAGGUCUUUCGAAUAUGGUCUGCGGCGGCUUCACCUGUUCUAAAAAUGCUCUCUGUUCCCUGAAUGUGGUUUACAUGCUGGUUGGGCUGCUGCUGAUAGGCGUAGCAGCAUGGGGGAAGGGGUUCGGCUUGGUGUCGAGCAUCCACAUCAUCGGCGGGGUCAUCGCAGUGGGCGUCUUCCUGCUGCUCAUCGCCAUCGUGGGUCUCAUCGGAGCAAUGCACCACCACCAAGUCAUGCUGUUCUUCUACAUGGUCAUCCUUUUUAUCGUAUUCCUGUUCCAGUUUGGAGUUUCUUGCUCCUGCUUGGCAAUGAACCGCGGUCAGCAGGAAACCCUCCUGAAGUCUGCCUGGGGAAUGUUGGAAAAUAAGACUAAGACAGACCUGGAGAGUCAGCUGAACUGCUGUGGGCUGCUCAACGUCACCUCCAGCCGGGUGCAAUUUGAACAAGAUGUGCAAAACUGCCCCGCUUUGUGCAAACAGAAAAACUCCUGCUACACCUGCGGGCUCAAGAUGCUGGAUCAUGCAACCGAAGCUCUGAAGAUCCUGGGGGGGGUCGGACUCUUCUUCAGCUUCACAGAGAUCCUGGGGGUGUGGCUGGCUGUGCGCUACAGGAACCAGAAGGAUCCACGAGCAAACCCAAGUGCUUUCCUAUAGUCUGUCUCCACUGCACACAGAGCAGCGCCGUAGAAGCAGUUUCAAACACACUGGUACACAUAGAAUCACGCACAUCUAGAGGCAUACAAACACAGCCAACACAACAACACAGAAUGGACGAGCGCACGCAGCACCUGACACACUGAGAAACAAACCACAGACCUUCACUUCACGUGAGACUUGAGAAGUUAUCAACCUGUCCUGAAACGUUUGCCAGAGCCGAAGCCGGAAGACUGGAUACUUAUGUAUGAAAGGAAAGCUGUAAUACCAAGAAGUGUGGCUUGUUGGUAUGUUGACCCAGCCUUGAUUUGAGUACCAGAUUUCCUGCUAGUUCCCGACUAUGUAAGAAGCGAUGAGACAUCUCUGCAUGUGUCCUGCGCCUGCACAGACAAACAGCCUCUUUGUUGAUUUCAUUCCACACGCCAACUAAAUGACUGUGCCGUGUCAAACUAAUAACGUGUAUGCACCUUUAAAAUUUCCUCUCGUCUCUAAUGUAGUGCCACAAAUAUACUCCUCUGGUCAGUGCUAUCAGUGAUGUGUAGAACUGUGUACCCAAACAUGUUCACUUUGAGUCAGCUGAGGGGAAAAUAAAUACCGGACAUGUGGUGUAAAGUAGUUUUUGAAUUGUAUGUAAAUGUUUUUUUUCACAUGCCGCAAAAAAAGCCAGAUUAAACAGGAUUAGGAAGCAAGAAGCAUAGAUUUUAGGUAAUGUUGCUUGUUGUUUGGGUUCAAAUAUUUAUGAACUGUAUCUGAGCCAACUAACUUUUUAACAGUCUGAGAUGUUAGGAUGCCAGUGGACUGCAGGCUUGAUGUUGUACAUAAUCUUUUGGAAAUCAUUCUUGAUGGGUUUGCCAUGUAGUUCCCCUCUAGUCGGGAGGUUUGCCUGCACAAUAAUCCACCCUUUCCUGUAUUUAAUAUGUUCCUUUGUGUCGCACAGUGAUGUUGCUUAGAAUAGGAUCUGGUUGUAGGGAAGUGGAUUCAGGUACGUUAUUGUUACCUCCUUUUAAACUGGAAAAAAAAUCAGGAAAAUGUUUUAAAAAAUCAUGAAAUAAUUUGGGUAACAUUGGCCAAAACUGUCACUGCAAACCCAGUUUUGUUUUAAUAGUGUUAAUCGUGAAAAUGUUCUCUUUGUUGCAAUUUUUCUUUUUUUAUUUUAAGAAAAAUGUUGUGAAAUUUUGUUCUCUGUUGCCAUCUGCUCUUUUUGUUCAUCAGUGUUAAAAUAAUGCUUUGUAAGAUAAUUGUGAAAUAUUUCAGGUUCUAUUUAAGUUAAGUUUGAUGAUGCGCAUUAGAGGCUAAUGUUAUGUUGUAGUUCCUAUGAUAUGAUUUUGGAGCCUCCCUCGAUGUUUGACAUUUCCUGUUGAUAAAUCACUGCUUAUUACUUCUCUCUUUUAAGACGGUUUUCUCCUCUUUGAACUGCUUUGACCUUAAAGGACUAACACUAGCUGUCAUUCAUGUCUUACUUGAACCUGUCGACUGUUGGCUGAUAUGAAUUUCCUGCUGCUGAUUUGGAGUUUAUCGCUGGUGUAACACAAAAGAUGAUGAAAGAUCUUAAGCAUAAUUAUGCCAUAUAUUAUUACACCUCACUUCUUUGAAUUUGUGUGCACUUGUUAUUCCAAUGUAUCUUGAAUUUUUGAGACUUAAUUUUCCAAAUAAUAAAACCUCAAAU